AUGUUGUUAAUUAGAAAUGGUUUAAGGUUAUAAAUUAAUAAAAACAUUUUGAACUUCGUUUCUCGUAAAUUAAAUAAAGUUUAGAAUUAUAGAUGACUAUAUUUCGUUGACAGUCUUUUAACACAUGAUAACUGCGCAAUGGAUUUAUUUGUUAUAAACAGGUACGAUGGUUUUGAGGAAAAUGAGAUCAAAAAUCAAGAAUCCUUGCAUCUAGAAAGGUUGAGACAGAGAAUAGAAGAAAGAAAAAAAGCACAAGCUUCUCAAAAAAACUUGAACAAGCAGUCUAAUAAUGAAGUUAUUCAUGAUAAUAAACAGGGUCAAUCAGAUGAAGUAAUAACUAUAAAAUCAACAAGUAAGGUUGACGAUAGCAUUGCUGAAAAAUCAAAGGAAAUUCCAGAAAUUAAAUCAUACAAAAGUAAUGAAUACAAAAAGAGUACUACUGAAUUCAAAGUUCUUGGUAGUCAUGACUUUGAGAAAAAACCUAAGGUGGAGAGAGUACUACCAUAUUGGUUAUCUCAUGCGAUAAGUGUAUCUAAAAAUUUACAAACAUUAACCUGUAAUGUUGAAGAACAAGAUUGGUUAAAUAAAACAUUAAAGGAAACACUAUUAAGUGAGGGUGUAACACAAUUAUUUCCUGUGCAAGAACAAGUCAUUCCCUUCAUAUUACAGGAACAUUCAUUACCAUCAAUACUUUGGCCGCAAGAUGUUUGUGUUUCAGCACCUACAGGCAGUGGGAAGACUUUAUCUUUUGUCCUACCUAUUAUACAGAUUUUAAUGAAUGAUGUAGGCCAUCACAUCAGGGCAUUGAUAGUAUUACCUGUUCAAGAGUUAGCAGCUCAAGUUGCAAAAGUUUUUAGAAAGUAUUGUACAAACACAGGAUUAAAAGUUGGCUUAUUGAGUGGUUCUACACCAUGGCACAAAGAACAACAACAAAUAUUGAAACAUACUGAAUCACUUGGAUGGAUAAGCAUAGUAGAUAUAAUAGUAUGCACAGCUGGUCGGUUAGUGGAACAUUUCCAAAACACAGAAGGAUUCUCCCUCAAACACCUCAAAUUCCUAGUUAUUGACGAAGCUGAUCGCAUCAUGGACAAUAUCCAAAAUGAUUGGUUAUAUCAUAUGUACAAACACAUCAAACUCGAUGAUCAAGCAACAAAUAAAAUUGCACAGUUGAAUUGGGAAUUUAUAACAAAUAGAAGAGCUCCGCCACACAAAUUAUUGUUUUCGGCAACAUUAUCACCUGAUCCUGAGUUGUUAGAGCAGUGGGGAUUAUUUCAACCUAAACUAUUUUCAGUGUCUCCUAUAAGUGAUUCAUUAGAUAAGAGUUUGAUGAAAAAAUAUACCACACCUGAUGAAUUAAAGGAGCAAUUUGUAGUGUGUGCUGCUGAAGAAAAACCACUUUUAUUAUAUAAUUUUCUUAUUGAGGAAAAUUGGGAUAAAGUUUUAGUUUUUACCAACUCGGCACAGUCAGCGCAUAGGUUGACUGUUCUUUUAAAUGUGUGGGCUAAGGAAAGAAAGAAAGUAGCAGAAUUAUCAUCGGCAUUAGACAGAUCUUCAAGAGAAACAGUUUUGAAGAAAUUUAAUCUGUCAGAAAUUAAUGUAAUUAUAAGCACAGAUGCCUUAGCAAGAGGGAUAGACAUACCACAUUGCAACUAUGUGAUAUCUUAUGAUCCACCAAAAAAUAUAAAAACAUAUAUUCAUAGAGUUGGCAGGACUGGUAGAGCUGGCAACAUUGGCAAUGCUGUAACUGUUUUGCUUCAGAAUCAAAUUCAAAUGUUUAAGGAAAUGAUACAGUCAGGAGGAAAAUCAGAUAUAACACAGAUUGAAUUCCAACCAGAAAAAUUGUCAAAUCUAAUAGAAGGUUAUCAGGUGGCAAUACAGGCUACAAAACAUACAAUUAAUGAUGAAAUUAAUACCAAAGUAAGGAAGUCAAUAGAACUCAAAAGAGGACCCAAGAGUAAAUCACGGAAAAGAAAACAUAGUGACAUAAAAAAAUAAAUAUAUUAAAAGAAUGCUAUUUAAAAAAA